ACCCCUCCCCCGUGACGUCACGAGGGGUCAGGGUUCACCAGCUGACAGCUGAAGUUCACACGUGGUUUGCCAUGUGCUCACCUCUGGGCCGGACCACGCGGCCACUACCGACUCGGAUUUUGCGGGGAUGCCUCCGGGCCAGACUUCGUUCGUGCCGGCCAGGGGAGGCAGGGGACCGGCCCCUCGAGGCAGAGGUCGCCGGUGGCGGGCGGAGAGUCCCGAUCGGCCGCACGGUGUGCCGGGCAGUGCUGGAGCACUUUGACGUGGAGUACGGACAGCGGUUUGGGCAGCGUUGGUUGAAGUUCAGGGCAGUGAUGCUUGCACCCAACAAGUGGCAGUAUGCCGCUUUGCCCAACCUGUUUGCGAUGCAGCAAAGGAGAGAGCAAUCCUGCCCUCAGCAUCACUCACAGCAGCUGGCCGAGGAGGAGGCACGUCACACACGGCACAGCGCAUUUCCAUCCCACGAUUGUGACAAUGCACCCUCCUGCAAACUCGCUGACGGCAGUUGGUCAGACUGCAAUGGGAACGUUAUUACCAAUGACAUCACGGUCGGUGAUUCUCCACAACUGCACGUGAACGGUAAUGGUGACACCUGGGCAUCUGGCUCCUGCGACGGACUAGCGCAAAUGCCAGAUGGUCCGAGAGAUUGCGACGACAUCCACACAACCAGCAGGACUUGUGCCCCGCAGUCCGAGUCACGUCCCUCCAGUGAUCGGAGCGAGACGAAUGAAAACGAACGGCGUGCAGACAGGAUCACGAUGCGGUGCCCGCCGCGCGACCACGCUUUCAAAGAGGCGGUGUAUCUGUCAGCCACCGGCGUCCUGCGGAGGGAGACUCGAGAAGGCUUAGCGGAGCACUUCCGCUACACCUUCCCCGCCGGCUCGCACGGACCCGAGUGGCCGCUCAGAUCUCUCGACGAUGGGCGGUCCGCUGGCGUCGCCGGAUUGUGGUGCUUCUUGGCGCAGGCCGGCAGGCCCUUCCCGAAGCUCCGGCACGAGCCGGGCCGCCUCAAGGCGUUCUACGUCCUCAACGCCGCCUCGCUGUUACCCGUGCUGGCGCUGGGUGUGCGGAGCGGGGAGCGGGUGCUCGACAUGUGCGCUGCUCCCGGGGGCAAAACCCUCGGCAUCCUGCAGUGCGCGCAGCCAAGCUUGCUGUGCGCCAACGAGCCGGACGAGGUACGGCGGCGGCGUCUGCUGCUGGCGCUGGAGUCGUUCGUGCCGCGCUCAGCGCUGCGCUCGCUCGUCGCCGUGUCGGCGCGGGACGGCUGCGAGCUGGGCGCCCUGCAGCCCGCGUCCUACGACAAGGUCCUUGUGGACGCCCCCUGCUCGAACGACCGUAGCUGGCUCUACGGCGGCUGCGAGGCGCUCGCCGAGCUGCGUGUCCGCGAGCGCGCGCACCUGCCGGGCCUCCAGACGCAGCUGCUGCGGUCGGCGCUGAGGGCCGUUAAGCCAGGUGGGAUCGUCGUGUACGCCACCUGCACACUGAACGCACGCGAGAACGCCGAGGUGGUGCACGCCGUGCUCGAGGGCAACGCCGGCGUCGAGGUCGUCGACUUGGCAGACAUGGCACGGGGUCUGCAGGGUGUAUUUUCAUUGCACGGUGGUGGAGCAGCAGGAGAGCAGCCAGGCCUGCUUGUGGUGCCGGAGGAAGGCCGCGCGUGGGGACCCCUGUACCUGUGCAAGCUGCGGCGGCGAAGCUGAUGCCGUCGCCUUCGCGUUCUCAGCAUACGACGCGGCAGACUCAACGAGCACCCCUCGCCAUGAACGCACGGUGCCGCACCACCCAACCAACAGCAGUUCACAUUUGCUCAAGUCAAUCAUUCGCUUCACCCAGACGUUAGAUUUCCUUUAGGCAAUGUGGAACUUACUCGUUGGGUGUUUCCGUGGUGAGAGCGCUCGGGCAAGGUUGCGAGUUAAAAUCUUAGUGGGUUGUGGGAAUGGUCAUCCUAUCAGCCUAUCGUCAUUGUAGAUAAAAUUAUUACCACUUUGAAGAAAGUUAACAGCAGUCAUCUUACGGAGAUACUGGCCCCCUCCCAUCUAUGUAAAUCUGGAAUUUUCAAUACCGGUUCAGAGCCACCAACAGAAAUGGGCACAACUACCAUACCUGUUGACCCCUUAUCAGUGCCUCCUACCUCAUUACAGACCAAUUUAUGCCCUCAUAAAUCUCAAUGAUCAUCCUACAAAGUCCCAUCACAAGGGAGAAACGCACACAUUUUUUUGCCCGUAUUGAAACGGCUGUAUGCCGUAUGGACCUGAAAACGCAAUUUCCCUGUACAAGAAUACGUGUAAACCGUAUGGGUUGAUGGGUAUGCACCACCAUCUGAAAACUGACAUUCUUCCGGGUGCAGCGACAAUUGCGUACCAGCCUACACAUCGACACUGCCUACACACGAAACAGCCCUUGUGCAAGUUUUACAAAGCUGCAGUUUCUCCUAUUUGUUUUGUUUCACGGUACCUAGGGGAAACGACCCGUGGCCAAGUGAUAUCAACCGACACUGAAUA